UAGAAAAACAUAAUUUUUAAUGUUAUAUGUUUGUGUCAGUGGAUCAAUGUUUAUUCGAGUUUGCAAAGAGUGAACUAAAGAGUAAGAUUUGUGACCCUCUUUUCCAGGAAGGAUCAAAUCCAAAAUCAAAGCCGUAAUUGUAGCAAAAACAGGAUCUUUUCAUUCUGUGAAGAAAAAAGCAAAGAUUUUUUUAGAAGAAUCUGAUGGAUAUUUUUGCUGCUAUUGGAGUGUUAUCACCAUUUCCAUUCUACUAUUACCUUUGGAAAUGGCCACAAUCAUGGGUAGAUUUCUGUGGUAAAGGAAGAGACCCUUCAAAGAUUAUGGCUUAUGUUGCUCAUUUCUUGAAGCUGAUUCAGUUCAUUUCACUUUUCUCUGUCUCUUCUUUUCAUUGGCCUCCUCCUUUUUACUUCUGGCCCCUUUUUGCAUUUGGUCAGUUCCUUAACUUCAGGGUUUAUCAGCUGCUUGGUGAACCCGGCACGUACUAUGGUGUACGCUUUGGAAAAACUAUUCCCUGGGUAACUGAAUUCCCUUUCGGGGUCAUUAGUGAUCCACAGUAUGUCGGCAGCAUCAUGAGUCUUGUUGCAUGCAUUUCAUGGGUUCCUUUUCAGUACAUUCUCCUGUGGAUUUUAGGAUACGUGUUUAUGAUCCGCGUGGAGUCGAAGGAAGAUCCAUCAACUCGAGCCAAGCCACUCAAUUGAUUUAGCAUGUGUUUGGAUGCACGUUUACCUCUUGAUUUUCGCGUCUCGAGGCACUAUGAACGUGAAAAAUUCAGAAACAACAAUAUGUAGCUUCUUGGGGGACGCGAGUUUAGGCGAAAUGUGCCGUGGUUCCAAACAAGCUAUCAACUUCAGUAGAUUAUGUAUAACUAGUAUGAAAUAAAAUUAUUUUAAGUUAAGGAACUCCUUUUUUGUGUAAACUAUCAUUAUUUUUUUGAGGGGUUAUGUAAACUAUCAUUAUUUUUUUGAGGGGUUAUGUAAACUAUCAUUGAUGUUUCAUAAAAUUAAGAAAUCAAACUUGCCCCAUCAUCAAGCUCCAUUGAAAAACAA